AUGUCUAGAUUCAUGGAGCAACAGACCCAGGCCCCCCAGGGCAUGUUCCCCGCGGAUGGUGGAGGCUACAAUCCUCCUAGCGAGCCUCAUGUCGACACCACCCGGUCUUUGGACCCUCACACCUCGAUUGAAGACUACAGCCGCGUGAUGCUACAGUACACUCAGAACCGGAUGUCUGGGUUCGCUCGUCUGGACGAUGACAAAGGGUCGCCCGCGGGUCGAAGCAGCGGAAGCAGCGAUACUGGCAAUGAAAGCGGUGAUUCUACUAGUGGCAUUUUGGCCCGUCAAAUCAAUGGCCGCGACUCUACUGCUCGUUCUAGCAGUGCCUCCUUUAACAGCAGCCCUUACGGCAACGGAGAGACAACCGGGUCCGCCAGGGACAACUCCAAACAGUCGUUCUAA